AUGAAUUCGACCGAGGCGGUGACAAAUGUCACGCAGCCGUAUAUAGAGAACAUCACAAUAGGAGAAACGGCUUUUUACGUGACCUGUGGGAUUGUCGGCACCAUUUUUAACUCGAUCGUUUUAUGGAUUGCUCUCAGAUACAUCAAUACAGAGGACAAACCAAGACAAAUUAUCGUUAUCAAUAUGACAGUGGCGGAUCUUUUGAUGUGUAUCGUCUAUAUGAAAACUCGACCAUGGCUUUCGUACUUUAAUCCAGCACUUUGUCAUCCCUACUAUCUUAUCAUAUGGACGUGUCAAAUGUGCAGUUGUUUGAAUCUCGUUUGGUUAAAUGUCGACAAACUCAUAUAUAUCCAAUUUCCGUUGCAUUAUUAUCAGAUUGUGAACCGGAAACGUCUUCUAUGGGUAUCUGCAGCCACAUGGGGAGGGUUGAUUGCACUGAACAUUGCACUCGUCAGCUUUUUGCAAGUUAAUGGAAGCUGCUUAAUUAUCACCUUGAACCCAUAUGUCUACGUUUUGAAUCCAAUAUUCUACGUCGUUAUGAUCAUCACAUCUUUUUCAUUAUCUGCUUUGAUCUACUGCAUUGCUCAUAAUUUAACACACAUGGAAGAACGACAACGAUCGAAACUAUUCCGCCGACUCUUCUUCUUGUUCUCAAGCACCCUUUGGACUUUUUUUACAUGUCUUCCAUAUCGUCUUUUCUAUCUUUUCGGUAACUUUUGCGGUGAAGAUUGCCGAAACGCUGCUUACUCCUUUGCUACUACGUUAUUCUUCCGACUUCUUAUUGUUGGAAUCAUGAUUAACCCAGUAAUCACCAUUUGGACACAGAGAAUUUAUCGCCUUCGUCUCAUGCGCAUGUUUGGUCGGCUACGUGAGAAUUCUUCUACUGAAGUAUUGAUGGUCAGUAACCGACGUGCUUCCGAAAGACCGCCAGAACAUACUCCCCUUCGAUGUGAUCUGUAG